AUGCGCCAGGCUUGGGCUUUGAUCUCACGACCUCAUACGGCUUGGCUGUAUGAUGGCACUACGCUGGACCUUGCCAAGGUUUCUGGUGGUCCCGAAUACCAAAAGCUGAUGGUUCGAUUAUCCCGUUCUCCACCACCGGAUCCGCCAAGUGCGUAUCAACGGUUCUUGCGAUGGACGAAUAAGAAGCUCGGCCGUCCUGCGACUCCUGAUGAAGAUUUAAAUGAUGCAAUCGAGCACGCUGGUCUGGACUCUUGGCUUACGCUUCCUAUGCCAUACCCGCAGAGACUCGUCGAGUCUAGAGCUGCAUUUGCGGGAAGUGGGUAUGGCCUUUGUCAAAACUACAAAGACCUAUACCGCUGCGAAGAAGAGUACGAGAGUAUGGCGUGGGAAACUGUCUACUUCGUAUUCUUCUCGCGCCACGCGCUGUAUGCAAGCCUGGACACAUUUCAAGCUGCAUUCGGCCUGGACCCCCUCUCCGAGCCACAUGUGCUAGAUUUUGAGUCCGGCUUUAGCAACCUACCAACCUUCGCUUCGCCAUCCGCCUUCUGGUCGCAUGUUCGCGACCAGUUAAUGAUCCUCCCAAGCAAAAGUCCGAGGCGAAUCACCAAGCUUCUCCUGGGAGGCGAGAAUGCCACAGAUCCGGACUUCAUUGCCACGCUGAGAGAUGCACUUGGAGCACCCGCGUCUCUCUCAGAUGACGGCAUCCCGGACCCCACAUUUGCGGCGGCCAGAGGGGCCGCAUUGUACGCAAGGUGGCGCCAAGAAGCGCCCUGGGAUUGCGUCGAGGAUGACGAAUGCGACACCAAGAGAGAGCGAGAGAGGGGGGAAAAGAGUGGCGACGCGUCCAAGAGAGUCGAGUUACGAUAG